UUGCACCAGGGACUCUGGCUUGUUUUGUUUUUUUUUGAGGGGGUGAAAAAUAACAAGUGUAAUCGCACAGCCAUGACAGGGAAGGAGGGAGCUGUGCUUUCUGACACAGAGAAUAAACAGAAAUCAGCCUCUCAAACCGGCGUGAAUCACGGGGGAUCCCAGCAGCCGUCUCCAGUCUGGAAGAUGGCCCCCACGGUGCACCGGCGCACCGGAUUCGGGAUCCAGGAACUGCUCGGCCUCAACAAGGAGCCGCCGGCGGCGCCGAGGCGGCCGCUGGAGGCUCUGCCGCACAGGGCGCACGUCCUGGCCGCAAGGUCGGCCCUCGGUCACGGCGGGCUCGGGGUCGGUAUGGGUUUGCUGGGACCAGAGGGAAUACACUCGUUUUACAGUCAGCCCGCCUUUCUGGAGGUGCUGUCAGAGGCACAAAAUGUGCACCUGCAGCCGCUGCACAGGGCGGCGCACAUGGAGGCGCAGACAGACGCACAGCACUCCGCCAGCUCCGACUCAGAUGAUAUGAGCCUCUCCUCCGGGGAUCAGAAAUUCUCCAAAUCAUCCAUGAGUCAGAGCAAGAAAAGAAAGAAACGACGACACAGAACCAUUUUCACCUCCUAUCAGCUGGAGGAACUGGAGAAAGCAUUUAAUGAAGCUCACUAUCCUGACGUCUAUGCCCGAGAAAUGCUCUCCAUGAAGACUGAGCUGCCAGAGGACAGAAUACAGGUGUGGUUUCAGAACCGCAGGGCCAAGUGGAGGAAAAGGGAGAAGUGUUGGGGUCGCAGCAGCGUGAUGGCAGAGUAUGGCCUGUACGGAGCCAUGGUCCGUCACUCCAUCCCCCUGCCCGAGUCCAUCCUCAAGUCUGCCAAGGACGGCGUCACAGACUCCUACGCUCCGUGGUUACUAGGUAUGCACAAGAAGUCAGUUGAAAACUCUCACACUCCUCCAGGCAAACCCAGCAGCACAACCCCGACGCCGACGCAGGAGAAACCGGCGGACGAAGCAAUAGAGGAAGAGCAGGACAAACAGAGGAAAGACACUAACUCCCUGAUUUCUAAGGAGGAGCUAAGGGAGAACAGUAUCGCCGCGCUGCGGGCGAAGGCGCAGGAGCACAGCGCCAAGAUGCUCAACACAGUUUCAAACAGAACAAAGGGACCAGUGACACAUAAAGAGGAAGCUGGGGAUCAGGAGAUGGAGCAAGACACAGCAGAGGAGAAGAGAAACUGAAAGAGGCCAGAGGAGACAGACUGAUGGUGAAAUACCUGCAGAUUGGAGUCUUUCAACACUUCUCAGAGGCAGAGGCUCCGUUUAACUGUUCAUUUCUCCCUCACUGCUCACAGAAACAUUUGUACAACUACCCAAAACUGCACAAAACAGUUUCAUGUCACUGUAAGUGACUAAAGGAGGCUUAAGACCUGGAAUAUUUCUGUCAUUUUAGGGAAAAUGUUCUAACAUGAAGCUGCAUUCAAAAUAUAAAUAUUUAUUUUCUUUAAAAUAUAUUGUUCUGUGACAUGGCAGCUUGCAUUUAACUUGAAGCCUUCCUAUCAGUGAGUAUGUUGAGCCUCUCUAUCCGCCUCAGAGGAGUUCAUUAGGGGCUGUCUGUGACCUCUCUGUGACGACAGAUUUCAAUAACUGAAAAGCACAGUUGAGUUCUCCACUGUUUGUUUUUCAGCUGUGUCAAUAAUUGUGAUGUAAAUACUAAAAAUUGUCCAAAAAUGUCCAAUAGUUAAAACUGUACAGUUAUGUAAAGUUAACAUCAAUUAUCUGUGUUUGUCUUUGUAUAAAUGUAACUGUAGCCCUAUUAAAAGUUACUAUUUAAAGCUCCACACCAUUAAAAAAAUGCGUUUUGCUUAUUGUUGCCUCCCUGCAGGAUGAUGUAUGUGCAGUUUGUUUUUCAUUUAUCGGCUGAAGAGUUUAACACGUGUAUGUGUGAGC